AUGUCAUUUAAUGAAGAACUUCUUGAUGAUUCACAGCCAAUACUCUACUCUUACUGGCGAUCAAGUUGCAGUUGGAGAGUUCGAAUAUGUCUUAAUCUCAAAGAAGUUCCAUAUGACAUAAAACCGAUAAGCUUGAUCAAAUCAGGCGGUGAGCAGCAUUGCAAUGAAUACAGAGAAGUAAAUCCAAUGGAACAAGUUCCAGCUUUACAAAUUGAUGGUCAUACACUCGUUGAAUCGGUAGCAAUCAUGCAAUAUUUAGAAGAAACUCGUCCCCAAAGACCAUUAUUGCCACAAGACUUCUAUAAGCGAGCAAAAGUCAGAGAGAUAUGUGAAAUCAUUGCAUCAGGUAUCCAGCCAUUGCAGAAUCUGAUUGUUUUAAUUCAUGUUGGCGAAGAGAAAAAGAAGGAAUGGGCUCAGCACUGGAUAACAAGAGGAUUUAGAGCCGUUGAAAAGCUUUUAUCAACAAGUGCCGGCAAAUACUGUGUUGGUGAUGAAAUUACUUUGGCAGAUUGUUGUUUGGUUCCUCAGGUUUUUAACGCAAGAAGGUUCCAUGUCGAUUUACGGCCUUAUCCAAUAAUUCUACGAAUUGAUCGUGAACUUGAAAGUCAUCCGGCAUUUAGAGCAGCUCAUCCUUCAGCGCAACCAGAUUCACCUCCAGAAAUUACAAAGUAA